UAGAUCUGGGCGUAGAAAGAGAUCCGGCUCUAUUAAUUUCCCGCAAGAAGUCAGAAACUACUCUCAAAAACGCCAUCGGCCAAUACACACUGAACACUCUACGGAUCAAUUUGAUCGAUCACCCUGGAGAACUCAAGCUCCAAGCUGUCAGAUCCAACCUAUUUUCACAACACCCUUCCCGAAACAGGUGCUGCAUCAGAUUUUCGUAGGGUCAGAACCAUACACCACACUGGAACCCUCAACCAUCAGUCUGGAUGUCUACCACAAAGUACGGGUAUACUUUCGAGCCUCAUUUCCAUCCAGAUAGGCCAAUAAUAAUCGAUCCAGACGUCGAGUCUCCAGAGACUGUGGCCCUGAGAUACGAGGAAGAGGCGGCGAGAGCUAGCGGUGCAGGCCACCGUGGAGACUCGCCUGGACUUCUUGGCUCAUCUGCCUAUCCAAAGUCGCAACAACCCCAAAUGCACGGAUUCGAGUCUUCCAGAGCAUACCAGGACCCGACCUACCAAUAUCCGACACAGUCUUUCCCAUCACAUCAGAAUGAAAAUGUCGCUGCCCAUCUGAAUCAGCUGGCUUUUGCAGCCAAUAACUCGGCCAACUCCUAUGUGACUCCAGUCUUACCAACAGUGAUAUCCCCUUGUGAGCCAAGCUCUGGAAUCAACGGGACAAAGGUGAUGAUCAAGAUCUCAUCUCCUUACGACUUGGUCGCGGCGACAACCCGAUUCUAUCUUUCCUUUGGCCAACAACGAUGCACUGCACACGCGGUGAGAGACCACCAGGACACCAGUGGGCUUGGGUAUAUAGUAAGUGGAAAUGCACCACACUUCAACGACACGAGGAGCGGGAACUUCAGCGUGCCUUUAUCAUUGUCGGUUGAUACUCCUGAAACGCAGGGCACAACGACUCUUGACGCUGGCACGUUUACUUAUCAUGACAGCCAAAUCGGACCAGCUGAUGCAGCACCUGAGGAUAUCACGCGCUCCAAAGUAUCACAAUCACCUGAGCAUAGACAGGAUACACCAAAACAGGACCAUCAUCGACUCCAGGAGACUGGCACAAAUACUUAUGGCUACCCUUCGGAAACCCAACAUGCUCCAGAGCCAAACUAUGAUCCAAGCUUUGCAAACGCUGGCGGCAACGGUACUAUGAUGGCAACUUACUCGCGCUCUUCGUACACAGAUGACUACACUCGACACAUCCCACCUCCAAUAAAGACCCCCUCGCUAUGGGGUAAUUACGGCCCGUCCCUGACUUCCAUUCGAAGCCCGCCGACGUUGGGCCAUACGACACACACAACGAUUACUCGGCCCAGCAUUGCGUCUCUUCCAGCGCCUGCAUCCGCAAAUCCGCAGCUCGUUCGUACUAGCACGUUGCAGACGUCUGGAUCUCCGAGUGCAUCUUUCAACCCUUAUGCAAUGUUUCAACAGUCAAAGGCCAAGCUUAACAUUGUCGGCGACCUGGAAUCUAUGGCACAGUCGUGGACCACUGAAGAAUGCGACAACCGCAGACGAAUCGUUCUUUUCAGAAAACACCAGCAAGGCGCCACCCUUACAGCCACGUUCAAACCAGUGAGCGUCAACGAAAGACCACCCAAUAGUAUCUGUAUCAGCUGCAUAUAUUGGGCAGAGAAGGGCGAUUGUUAUGUCACCAGCGUCGACACCAUUCAUCUAUUGGAGCAACUAGUUGCAGCACCGGCUAGGUUCACUGUGGAGGAGAAGAACAGGAUCCGUCGCAACCUUGAGGGCUUCCGUCCCUUGACCGUAAGCAAAGCAAAGCCUGACAGCGAGGAAUUCUUCAAAAUCAUUAUGGGCUUUCCAAACCCAAAGCCGCGCAACAUUGAGAAAGAUGUCAAAGUCUUCCCGUGGAAAAUCUUAGCUCAGGCGCUCAAGAAGAUCAUCUCGAAAUAUUCGGCUUCGCCUUCUUCUCAAGUUGGUCCCAGUGCUGGCCAUGUGAUGCUCACUGGCAACCCAGGCGUUGGGCUCUAUCAUCACCCACAACCACCACCAACCCCCAGUGAGAGCUCGUAUGGCCACCAUGAUCAUCAUAAUCUCACAUCACCACGAUCGCUGUCGGGCAGUUCUGCAGGCACGGGAUGGAAUACAUACACCGCGCGACCUUUGUCCCCAAGCUUGAAGUCGCAUUCACCGAUAACAGGCGGCAUCCGCAUCCCAAGCCUGUCUGGAUUCGGCGCAAACGACGGUAGACAUGGCACAUCAUCAGGUUACGGCAUGGCCUCACAGCCCCAGCCCCGUUGGGACCCAGUGAGUACAAAUGGUUACCUUGACGCAAGCGCUAUUCCAGCGUAUACGGGUCAUCACCACCAGAAUCAGGUGUACAGUGCAGGCGGAUAUGCAGAUGGAGGCCAGCGAGCGUGACGCCAACCAACCGACACGAGGUCGAGAACCAGGCUAGGAGACCUAUUCAGGGUGUGAACUGAUAUCACGGGUGACUGAUUAAUGUGGGCCUGCUGCAACGACGCGUCGGCCUGGAAUGUCAUUGCAAAUUCUGCAAUGUCAACAAGCUGCGCCUCCUCAGCAAUUUCCUGGCAACGUUGAAAUUCAAGCCUUUGGUUUAUGCAUGCAGUUUGGACGGGCCUCAAACCGAUGAAACUGCUACAGUAGACACCCCGUGGGUGCUGUGAUGGUGGUCGCUUGUGGUGUCGCUGGUGGGGCAUUCGCAUUGUGUCAGGUGUUGUGGCGUUUGUGGCACACACCUAUCAGAAGCCCAAGCACUA